AUGGCUGCCAAACUUUCGCGAUAGACAUGCCGGUGUGCACCAGGAGGUCACAAUAAAUGCACAAUUUAUUGUGCAUGUAUUGUGACCCCAUUGCAGCAGCAGUUGCAGCAGUAGUUAUUGUGACCCCCACUGCAGCAGUAGUUUGAGCUGGCUGUGUUAUACAAUAAUAUUUUAUUGCCUUAUGUGUAAGGUAAGCCGUAGAGCAAAACAAAACUCCGAAGGGUUUAAAACAUUUUGCCUAAUGUAGGUUAUAAUGUAGCUUCGUCAUAUCUCUGCGUUCUUUUUUUUUUUUUUAAUAUGCCCCCAUCAGCCCCAUUUCGCCGUGACAUUCCGUGGAGCUCUACGAAUGGGGCCUUACGUGGACCGUUAUUUUUUGUUUGCUAGGAACGCAUCACUGUUAUCGCCCCCUCCCGCCUGCCUUCCCACUACGCUCAGCGUCCACAAAACGUAUGACGUUUCAGUAAAUUCUUAAACAUAGUGUAGUUCAACUUAUCGGUAAAAUUCUUUCAGCCAUAACAUGUAGCCCAGUGAGACUUCGCGGCCGGUGGUGUAGUUGCUUUAGAAGCACGGCGACAUAACGAGUGUUUAGAAGCGUACGGUGAGGGGCUAGUUGGUAUGACAUUAUGAGAACUGCGCCUGUGUCGUGUGGUUCUUUCUCUGUCUUGUUCUUUCUUGCGCAGUUUUUCUUUGUUCUCAUAACGAGUGUUUCCUAAGCUGUUUUCCGUGAAUGCACCUGUGAGCGCCAGCACAUGUGCCCCAGUAUAUUUAGGUUCGUUCCCAGGUGCAAAGGAGAGCAGACGUGCUGCCAUGGUUACUAAGCCCUUACACGUGCGAAUGCAGAACACAUGGCGAACACAUUUAGGCUGCCAUUUCGCCGCUCUUCUGUGGAUUCAUUAAUUCCCGCGGAUAUACAGAAGUGGAAGACCUCCUGUAGCUGGCUUGCAGGACCGAAUACUUACAGUAACGCGUAUCAUAUCAGAACCAUUGUUCAAGUGUAACCUGCGGAACCUACACUACAGUUGACACGCGCCUCGUGCGAGUAUCAUCAAGACAUUCCCAUGGCCGAUACCAAGGAGGUAAGCUUGGAGCCAAUCGCCGAUAAACCUAAAUACCUUCGUCACUUUGAAGGCAUCCUGAUCGGAGACUUGUUCGACGAGUCACGGCUGCGAUCAGCCUUUCGCUAUGAGCCCAGGGACGACGAUGUCUUCGUAGUGGGCUUCCCGAAGACAGGCACCACAUGGCUCCACUUCGUACUACAGCGCCUCAUGAAUCACGCAAGUGAAACGCCGGCACAAAGCGCCGCGGCAUGUGUACCAAACGUUUCCUUCCUGGAAUUCGCUGGCGGUGAGAAGAUUGAAUCGCUGCCGAGGCCACGGGCGAUCAUCAAGACCCAUUUGCCAUUCGAGAAUGUGCGCUUCUCGGAGCAAGCCAGGUACAUCUACGUGCUGCGGAACCCAUAUGACACCUGUGUGUCGUAUUACCACCAGGUGCGACGGGGAGUUCCAGGUUGUAGUGACAUAAGCUUCGAUGACUUCUUCGAGCAGUUCAUGAAUGGAUGGGUUCACCCCAACGAUUACUUCGAUCACCUAGCAUCCUGGUUCGCACAGAGGUCAAGGCCUAAUUUUCUAUGCAUCACGUAUGAGCAGAUGAAGCGAGAUCCUCAUUCCGGCAUACUGAAGAUCGCGGCCUUUCUUGGAAAUGAAUUCGAGAGGGAAAUCGGUAACACCGUAGCACUGGACGCAAUUGUACAGGCCGUAUCUCCUGAAGCCAUGAAAAAUGCCUUCGCAGAAGCCCCUUUGGGAAGAGAGCAGGACGAUUCGAUCAAACGCAGACCCUCGAGAGGAGCUUCAAGAGGACAAAAUUUGUCUGACGAGCCCAGCAAGCAGAGAAUUAAGGGCGCCAACCUUGUAAGGAAGGCGAUUGUCGGCGACUGGGAGAACCAUUUCUCAGCUUUACAGAUUGAACGCAUGAAAUCCAAAAUGGCAGCGAAGACCGCCGGCUUUCGAGCCGAUCUGGAAGCCUUGUGGAAGGACGCCAAUCUGCCUUAGAUAGCCGAUUUAACAAGUGCGACAAAGAGGAAUUCAAAGAAUUGGCCAAGUAAUCGUUUUCAGAAUAAAUCUGUGCCAUGCUGAUUGCAUUUACAAGUUA